UGAAUUUCAAAUAAUUCAACGGAUUUUGAUUUUGAAACGAUCUCUGUUCUGUAGUCUGCUCUUUUCAAUUUUUAUUUAUCUUAUAGAAAGACGAAUAUAAGUAACCUUCCUCAUGUUAUUGCUGCCAGAUCGACAGUGAAUUUAAUAUUGUUUGGCAGUGCACAACAGUCUCCUUUAGUAAUGGCUCAAUUCAAUUACCUAAACGAGAUAAACAGUUUGGCAACAAUGGAUGGGCCGCUAACAAGAGGUCCUUUGCAAAGAUGGGAAAAGAAAAACAACAACGAGAACCGCAAUCCAUCACUGAGCACGUCUUUCAAGAACGUCUCGAAUACCAACAUUAGUUCUUGUAAUCAGUCAAUGCAAAAACUAUCAAUAUCGGGAAACAACAGCGUGCUGUCUACACACAAAACACCACCGCGAAAUGAUAACAAAAGGGGGAAAAAAACUCCAUCCAAAAAUAAAUCACCUGGCCGAUUGGCUACUCCCACUCCAAACAAAACAUCAAAAACACCAAACAAAGCUGACAGAUUCAUUCCCUCCAGGAGUAAUUCUAAUUAUGACUUGUGCCAUUAUAUGAUGAGCCGUGAAGAAGAUAAAGGUGAAGAUGUGGUAGCCCAAACAGCAGCUGGAGAGGCGAUAGGCCGUGCUCUCACAGACACAGAACCAGGCCGGCUGCUGCAGUACACCUGUAAGGCCCCUGCUGCACCCGAGGGCUACCAAAACAGACUGAGGGUUGUGUAUUCACAGGCAAAAGUUCCAUCAUCAGUUAAGAACACCACAAGGUACAUACCACAAGCUCCUGACAGGAUUUUGGACGCCCCUGAUAUCCUGGACGAUUAUUAUUUAAAUUUAGUUGACUGGAGCGCAUCAAACAUCCUGGCAGUAGCGUUGGGCAACUCCGUAUAUCUGUGGAACGCUGGCACGGGGCAGAUCGACCAGUUGUUGACGCUGGAGGGUUCGGAGACUGUGUGUUCAGUGAAUUGGGUGCAGGGGGGCGGCUCACACUUGGCUGUCGGCACCUCUAACGCUACCGUUGAGCUGUGGGACUGUGGCAAAAUUAAACGAUUGAGGGUGAUGGACGGGCACACGGGGCGCGUGGGGUCGCUGGCCUGGAACAUGUACAUAGUGUCCAGCGGCGCGCGCGACGGCAACAUCGUGCACCACGACGUGCGCCAGAGAGACCACGCCGUCGCUACCAUCCACGCUCACACGCAGGAGAUCUGCGGUCUGAAGUGGUCGCCGGACGGGCGCCACCUGGCGUCCGGCGGGAACGACAACCUGCUCAACAUCUGGCCCGUCGCCCAGGGGCAGCACCACACGCAACCGCAGUACCUCUACUCCUUCAACCAGCACCUGGCGGCCGUGAAGGGUCUGGCAUGGUGUCCGUGGAGCUCAGGCGUUCUGGCGUCCGGCGGCGGCACGGCCGACCGCACCAUCCGCAUCUGGAACGUCAACACCGGCGCCAACGUCAACACUGUGGAUACCAAGAGUCAGGUGUGCUCCAUCGUGUGGAGCACGCACUACAAGGAGCUGAUCUCGGGGCACGGCUACGCGCAGAACCAGCUGGUGAUCUGGAAGUACCCGCUGCUGUCGCGCGUGGCCGAGCUCACGGGCCACGUGGCGCGCGUGCUGCAUCUCGCGCUCAGCCCCGACGGCACCACCGUGCUCUCCGCCGGCGCCGACGAGACCCUCAGACUCUGGAAGUGCUUCAUGCUAGAUCCGUCCAAGAAAAAGGAACCCACAGAAACCAAAGCAGCUAAAUCUCUACUGAGCUUUAAUUCGCUUAUUAGAUAAUGAAGACUUAGCAUGUGAUCAUGUGCCAUCAAUCAGACUGCAUAGUAUUACGACUGAAUAUUGUGAUCUUCACAAUAAGAUAAAUACCAAACAUUAAUUGUUUCAUUAUUUUAUAUAUUCAACUAAUGUUGCUGAUUUUUUCUCAACUUUCGACAAAAUCACUGUGAUUUUUACUAUUCCUGUACAUUUUCUGCAUGUUUGUGAUGACCCUGUUAUUCUAUUAUAAUGACAUGACUUACUAUUUUGGACGUUGUUUGAUCAAUUUUAACAUCUUUAUAGAACAAAUAAGAAAAGUUGAGGUCGUAAAAUGUAGAAUCGCGAUCGUUUGUGCUUGUCCAAAAUCUUUCUCAAGCAUCUUAUCUCUCUAUUUUCUCAACCUUCAUUCUAUCUGUGUCGUCUUAAUUUUAUUUGAUAACACAUUUCAUUACCUCGGCUUCCUUGUUUAAGGCCUUUCUAGCUAUAUUAUGAUUCAAAUACUUUGUUAUGUACUAUUUCUACUAUUUUAAGUAUGAAUUGAUGUUGAAUUAAAUAAUUUAAUAUUGUGAUUUUUCUCGUGAAAUUGAAUAAAUAAUUUGAACUAUGUUUCAGUUUAAUUGUUAUUACUUAGUGCUCGAUAGUAGUAGUUAUGAAAGAAAAUAUUUAUUAGCUAUAGUCACAGAAGUGAUAUAAUAUAUAUAGCUUCUAACUAUAAUAUAGCAGAAGGAUAACAAUAAAAGAAGAUAUAUUUCAAAUUGUUUAUUUAAAAAAUAUUGCAACAAAAGGAAUGUAAAAAGACAGCAAAAUCAAAAGAUGUGUGCGCAAUAAGACGCGCGACAAGCGACAUUUAAUAAAACAAUUUCUAAAAAAAAAAGAAUAAAAA